AUGACUACCAGAAAAGAAACUGCAGCCGACGAUUCUCCACCUACAUAUUCACCUCCAAGAUCAGCCUCUCCCCCAAUCCCAGACUCUCCAGCACCUCCUCGCUCUUUUCACCCUUUCCCCCGUCUUCCCAUCGAACUCCAACACCGAAUCUGGACGCUCGCAGCGAAAGAUAUCGCAUCUCGCAAAAUCAUUAUCCGUCAUGAGCCCUGCGAAUUCAAAGGUUACGCAAGCAUAAUUGCGAAAUUCAUCAAAUACAUCACCGAUCUUCUGACAUUCGGCUGCGAGAAGAAGAUAGUUGAUCAUAAGUGUUCGGCUGUUCCUGCUUUGCUUCAUACGAAUUUUUUGGCGCGCAGUAUUGCACGCAAAGUGUAUAGGAGACGGUUUCAGGAGGUGCUUAAUAGAAAGAUUUAUGUGGGAGCGAAGGAUAGGGUUGUGGUUGUGCCUAGGCCUACUUGA